UGCAGCAGAACAGGCCCAAACCAGGAUAUUAGCGCCCCCAUGUUUCAUGGAGGGAUGAGGUUCUUAAACUAUUUGUCAAUAGAAAAUAUUCUGUCACCGUAAGGAAGGAGACACCUGGAGGGAAUGUGUCACGUGUUGUGUUAUUAUUUUACGUGAUGAAAGACAUGAACAUGUCCCAGUGGAGCUGGAUGAACCGUCUACUUUUCCCUGAGUGUUUUUCUUGGUAAAAGCUGUAUUUAUUUUGAAGUAGAACACGUUUUCCACUCUUUCCUGAAGACACCCCCCCCCGCCCCCCCCCUCUCCGACUGUCGAGACAAAUAUGGUCGUGUGGACCAGACCAGAAGAGACCCUCCACCCCCUUCUGCUCCACUCCUUACGCAAACGAACCUUCCGAGGCUCCGUUAUGUGUGCGCCUGGAUCUAGAGGCUGAUUCCUAACGAAGGGUCCGCUAUGGCUUCCACCCCCUCCGCCUCGGCCCUGUCCGCCGUCCUCCGGUGUCGGGGGAAUAUCUGGAGCAGGAAUCCGUCGAGCAAGCGGCCUGCCGCCUCGGCGUACAGCCUCGGGCUGUCCGGAGCGGCUCUGCGCGACUCACGGCUGGGACGCGCCGGGACGGAGCAGAAGUCGUUGUGGGGGAGUUUACCCCUGAAAGAGCGCGUCGUGCCGGGUGGAAGACUGGCUGUGGUGUGUAGGAGGUCUGGGAGUCUGGGAGGUCAAAGGCUGAGAGAGAAAGAUUCGGUGGAAGUUAAGAAAUGUUUUCCAAAACUUUCUCCGUCCCGGGGGCCGCGCUCCGCCGGGGCCGCGCUCCACAACGCUCCGGCGCGUCAGCUGUCAACUCACCUGCCCGCAACAGAGAAAUACUCUAAAAUGAUGAUUAAAGGCCAAACCUGCUCCGACCUACGCGUCUGUAAGGUCGUGUUUGUUCGGGACAGCUGUGGACCCACGGUCUUCUCUCUGAAGCUGCCCGGGACGCGUGUGGGCUGGAGGGAGGCGGCGGCAGGACAGAUCCCGGGGUUCGUGUUGAGUGGCUGGUUAACGGUGAGAAACACCUGUUUGUCUCUGAGCGGCCUCGUGUCCAGGAUUGUCGCUGUGCAGUUGGCGGUGAUGUGCGGUGACGCACAACGACACCUGCUGCGCCAAGAGGAAAAUACGGGCGGCGGACCGCAGGCGCACGGACAAACCCACAACUCCUCCAAAGACGAGUCUGGACGGAAGAUGGAGCAGGACAGACCUGACUGAAGGUCCAAGGCCUCGGCCCGUUGACGCAACUCUGUUAUUGACUUUCACUCUACAACCUUCCUGGACUUCAACCUGGGGAUGGAACCAAUACAAUCAGCUGUUAUUUAUAGGGGAAUUUCCUCUUUAAUGGGUUCCUCUGGGAGCCCUCAGACUAUUAUGGAGUGAUCUUUGUUGGUGGACCACUCCUCCAUUUGUUCUCAAUAUGGGCACUUGCACUUUUAAGUGCAAACAUACUUACUCCUAUUUUGGAAUUUUGUAGAAGAACAUGUUUUAUUCCGAUGUGGAAAUGGUAAAUAAAUGAAUAAAACCUC